CGGGCAUAAGAAACACCGGCAUGUUCAACUCCGAGCACGCAUACUCGGCCGUUUAACGAACUUAUGAUCAUAUUUUACUACGCUUCAGGGAAUAUAUAUAGUAAUGAAGGACUCCGUAAACUAAUAGCCAGGCUGAUUUCAUUGUAAUUGUUAUAGUGAGUGGGAUUCUGUCACUCAUCUCCAUGGACUACGUCUUACCAUCUGUCGUCAACCGGGCCAUCGGCCCUCAAAAAGUCCCCCGGUCUCCGAUCCCCCUUCCAAAAAAGCACCAACUCCCCCUGGAACAGCCACACGCGCAAGACCGGUCCUUAUAAAAGCCCCCGAAACCCGGGAUUAACGGCCGAUAAACCAUCUUUACCUCCGGCGCAUCAGUAAAUCACACAGAACCUCAUCUCGUGUCAUCAAUUUACUCUUUUCUUCUCUUUUUUCGUUUAUUAACUUUCUUGGCAUUCUUUUCAAUGAACUAAAAACUAUGGAUGAAUGCCUCAUCAGUCAGGAUCGCCAGGAUGCGGCGCAGAAGACGAGGGCUUGUACGAAUUGCGCAAGGUUGAAGAUGAAGUGUCAGUGGCCUAGUUCUGGAUCUGGACGUGUAGAAAAGACAUGUUCGAGAUGUUUGAGGAUGGAGCUUGAUUGUCAGGUACCGGAAAUUACACAGAGAAGAAAACGCGGCAAGUCAACACGAGUCGCUCAAUUAGAGAAAAAGAUUGAUGGCAUCGUCUCUCUCCUCUCCGCAAACCAACGCAAAGGCCUCUCCCCUCUAACACCAGAAAGUCCCCAAGAAGUCCAAUCCCAUCCUCCAUGCCAACCUCACACCCAAGAAAACCCCUUCACAACAAACCACGACAUGAUCAACCAAAUCCCCGACGACAGCGUCCGCUUCAGCACAGACGUUGAAUUAUUUCCUGGCUUUCGCAUCUCACAGCAGGAAGCCUCUGACCGUCUUGAUGUUUACCGCCGGGACUACGUACCGCAUUUUCCCUUCGUUCCUGUGCCGAGUUCAAUGUGUGCUUCGGAACUCUAUGUUGAGUCGAGAGUGUUGUUUUGGACGAUAUUAGCGGUUGUUUCGCCGCUGGGGGAUAAAGUGCAGAUGGAGUUUAAGGCGUGGUUUAGGAGAUAUCUUGCUGAGCAUCUUGUUGUGAGGCAGGAGAAGUCUAUUGACAUAUUGCAAGCGAUGUUGAUCUACCUAGCAUGGAAUGACUUUCACUUUUAUGGAGAGCUUCAAGUCACCAAUAUUAUACAGAUGGCUAUCGGUCUAGUCAUUGAUCUCAGACUCGACAAACACGCAGGACACUUUCUGGGAGGACCAAAGACGCUACUCGGCGAUGCAUGGACGUCAAUGAGCAAGCAUCCGAUCAAGAUGAAGAUCCAUCAGACAGCAGCAGACAAGCGCGCUGUUCUAGGCGUAUACCACAUAACAAACCUACUCAGCCCAUACUUCAGAAAGAGCACCAUCUUCCACUGGAGCACACAUCUAGCUUCAUGCUGCGAAAACCUCACCGAAGCACGCGAGUAUGAUUCAGAUAUAUAUCUCGUAUCCCUCGUUCGAAUGCAACAUAUGGCCGAUCGGGGAUUUAGCGUCAUACCAGCCAUUGAUCCAUUCGAUCCUACACCUCCGACAUUCCACGCCGUAACAGCCAUGGCCCUUGAUACGGUCCAUCGCGAAUUGGAGAACUACUUUAAGCUACAACCUGAAUCUGUAAAGCAAAUACCUGGCUUCAGAGCCCACUACAACUCCAUCCUCGUCCGUCUCUACGAACCAAUCCUCACAAUGAAACCCUCCAGCUUACUAUCCCCCGACACACCCCCAUCCGAACCCUUUCUCCGCUCCGAGUAUCUCUGGAAAUGUCUCGAAGCCGUCCAAAACACCCUCGAAAACCACGUCAUCCUUCCCCCAGAAAAAAUCUCCAUCCUCCCCGUAACAGUAUCCUGCGUCCUCGCCUUCGUAACAGUCACAGCAUCACGCUUGAUAAUGGCCGAGAACUCUACAGACUGGGAUCCAAAAGCCGCACGUCGACGUCUUCAAUUCCAGGAUAUUCUCCAACGAUUGAGCGAUCAGUUUGCGCAGGCUGAUGAGGAAGCGCAGAGGCUGAAUAGGAGACGUAGGGUUAUGGAGGAUGGGAGUAGUGUGUUUCUAAAGUCGUGCUUCAAGGUGAGGUGGAUUAGACAGUGGUAUUUGUCAAAGAUUCCGCAGGAGGAACAGCAGUUGUUGGUGCAGCAGCCGCAGACUACGGUGGAGAGCUCGAGUGUGUUGCAGAGUAAUCCGGAUUGGGCGACUAAUCUUCAGUUUGAUGAUGAGUUUUGGGCGGACUUGUUGACGGGGUUUGAUAUGGAGGCGUUUGACAGGUCUCUUACUACUGUUGCGGCCCAAUAGCGCGAUUGACGCUGUCUCGCAUUUGACUUACAGCAUGUACUAGUAUUUAAUGAUCCCUAUAAUUCACCAAUUGGAAUGAUAAAG